AUGGCCAGAUCCCAAAAGAGACCCCAGCUCCUUCUAGCCAUUCUGGUGGUCUUGGUGACUGUCACCUACCAAGCAGGAAAGAAAACCUUUAUAAGCAUCCAAGAAAUUUCUAUGUCAGAAUUCUAUGUGUCAGCUACCAUGCAGUUUGUCACCAGCCAGUUCAACAAGGAAAGUGACGACCAGUACAACUUCCGGAUUGUGCGGAUCUUGAAGAUUCUAAAGAAGGUUACUGAUCACCUGGAGUAUCAUGUGAAUUUGGAGAUGAGGCGGACUACCUGUCAAAAGCUGGAGAUGACUAACUGUACCUUUCAGGAAGGGGAGCUUUAUAAGCAAAUCAACUGCUACUUCUCAGUGUAUGCUAUUCCCUGGUUUGAAAGGUACAAAAUUCUGAACAAAACCUGCCAUGAUGGCUAA